AUGGAUGAAAUUGUAUCCCUCUCCCCAAAGCCAAUGUGGAAGCCCUCCCCCGCAGUCAGGCAGCAAUGGCCCCCUUCUGAUCAAAACAUCAAGCUUAAACCAACCUCAUCGCCGACCAAGCCGAUUCUAACCUUGUGGCUGCAGCCCAGCGCCUCUCCCAUGGCAACACGGCUCCUGGAUGUCGUCCUAGGCAAAGACACUGCUACAAAGCUUUGUGAAGUGCUGCUAAAAGCCGACACGGGACGCCACUCCACGAAAAGCCUCAGCCUGAAGAAGAGGGAGCGUCUUUUGAAAGAGAUCGAGGUGGACUGCCCGUGGGAGCAGCGAGCUCCUGGAGCCCCGCCGUACCACCUCGUCACCAUGACCAGCGUGGUGAAGACAGUGUACGCGCUGCAGCCCCCCUCGUUGCUGAACGGCUUGCCCGCAGACAGACAAUCUCGAGUUACGUCUAAAAGUCUACUGCCCGUGAAGUCCAAACUGCUCCAUUCGGGCGGUUCGGAGGCCGAGAUGACAAAAAUCAUCAAACCAAGACGAGAAAACGGGCAGACGAGAGCUGCAGACACUGCCACUAGGAAGAACACCAUGAAGAGUUGCAAACCAUUGAUUAAGCAGAAACCGGAAGAGGAGCUCAAAGACAAGAAUCAGCUCUUAGAGUCAGUCAACAAGCAGCUGCACCUGAAAUUGACUGAAACUCAGGGAGAGCUGAAAGACCUGACUCGGAAGGUGGAGCUGCUGGAGAAGUUUCAGGACAAUUGUUUGGCUAUUUUGGAGAGCAAGGGCAUGCACCCAGGGAGUGAGGCCCUGGGGUGGCAGCAGGAAUCCAGUCCGGAUCUCACAGACUCUGUGUUGCUGUUGGAAACAUUGCAAGACGAGCUGAAGCUUUUUAAUGAAACAGCCAAGAAGCAGAUGGAAGAGUUACAGGCCUUAAAGGUAAAGCUGAAGACAAAAGAAGAACGGCUCCGAUUCCUCGAACAGCAAAGCAUAUGUAACAACAAAGUGAACGAUUUUACAACCGCCCUUCAAGAAACGGAACAGCUUUUAGAGAUGUGA